CUGUAGAGGAGGAGGAGGAGCAGGAUGGCAGCUGGAGCAGGAGAAGAGCUCCCUCUCCCUCCCACGGCUCAAACAGCUCCUCGGCUAUCUCGAUACGACGCCAGAAAUCGAUGUGGAGAAGGACUGAAGACACAUUUUGAAAUGAUAAACCAGCAGCUGACUGCUGUAGUUUCACGAGGGGAAAAGAAUGUUGCAGUCAGAGCCACAGGGUUUCACAGUGAUUAGUCUGCUUCAAUGGCUUUAACUAUGAACCUCUAACCCGUGACCAUCAUGAGGGUUUUCCGUCCCUCAUUACUCUCCAGUACAGGCGAAAUAUUUGAUCAGUGAAACAACACAAAGCUUUGAAGACACAGACGUCUUAAAAGAGGCUAUCCGCAACUUAACAAUCCAAUUAGCUUGAUGCUGUGUAAUCGCACAGACGGGAUGCCUCGCGGCGACUUCAACAUUUAUUUUUCCAGUAGCCGGCGAGGAUAUGUCAGAGCUGAUCAGGCGGUGGGCAUUGCUCUGCUGGUCAUCGUCCUGGCAGUUCUCCUCAUCCUUUGCUGCUGGUAUUUUAAAAAGCGAAGUGGCUACAAAAUCAUCAGGAGUCUCAGGUCAGGAUCUGCAGGCUUUGCGGGAGGCCACUACACAGAGGAAGGACCCUCAGACAAUAACAAGAUGGCUCUCACUGACUUUGGCAGCUUCCGCUCCUUGGUUCCUAAUGCUCCUGCCUAUGAAAAGAUUUCUUCAGAGCCACUGCCUCCUCCUUAUUCCCCAUAAAGGAUGUCUGUAGAAGACAAGCACACUUCUGCAGAAUGAAGAGAACCCCCCCCCCC